CCGCCCCCUCCCCCACCCCCGUUCCUGGACCCGCCAGUGGGGUCUGGAUCCCACUGUGCCGUCGCCGCCUCUUUUUUCGACGCCUUCGCCGCCGCCUGUAGAGGCGACCUAGUCGGGAGUUCCGCCGCCGCUGCCAGAAUGGAUAGAAUGACAGAAGAUGCUCUUCGCCUGAAUCUUUUGAAGAGGAGUUUGGACCCGGCAGAUGAGCGAGAUGAUGUCCUGGCAAAACGCCUCAAAAUGGAGGGUCAUGAGGCCAUGGAACGUCUGAAAAUGUUGGCCCUGCUGAAAAGGAAAGAUUUGGCAAACCUUGAGGUGCCACAUGAGUUACCUACCAAGCAAGAUGGCAGUGGUGUCAAGGGUUAUGAAGAGAAACUCAAUGGGAAUCUCAGGCCUCAUGGAGACAACAGGACUGCUGGAAGACCAGGCAAAGAAAAUAUCAAUGAUGAGCCUGUUGAUAUGAGUGCUAGACGGAGUGAGCCAGACCGAGGAAGGCUAACACCUUCCCCAGAUAUAAUUGUUUUGUCUGAUAAUGAGGCUUCCAGUCCCCGGUCCAACUCCCGGAUGGAAGAAAGACUCAAAGCAGCAAAUCUAGAGAUGUUUAAGGGGAAAGGCAUUGAGGAACGGCAGCAGCUUAUCAAGCAACUGAGGGAUGAACUGCGAUUGGAAGAAGCUCGUCUGGUGCUGUUAAAGAAACUGAGACAGAGUCAGCUACAGAAAGAGAAUGUGGUCCAAAAGACUCCAGUUGUACAGAAUGCAGCAUCUAUUGUUCAGCCAUCUCCUGCACAUGUGGGACAGCAAGGCUUAUCUAAGCUUCCUUCCCGGCCUGGGGCUCAAGGGAUUGAACCUCAAAAUUUGAGAACAUUACAGGGUCACAGUGUCAUCCGUUCAGCAACCAACACUACCCUUCCACACAUGUUGAUGUCUCAACGUGUUAUUGCACCAAAUCCAGCCCAGCUUCAGAGUCAACGGGGGCCACCGAAGCCUGGCAUUGUACGCACCACAACACCUAACAUGAAUCCCGCCAUCAGUUACCAACCACAGUCAAGUUCUUCUGUUCCCUGUCAGCGCACAGCAUCUUCUGCCAUCUAUAUGAAUCUCGCCUCCCAUAUCCAGCCAGGGACUGUGAACAGAGUGUCCUCACCACUUCCUAGCCCCAGUGCCAUGAGCGAUGCUGCCAACUCACAAGCUGCAGCCAAACUGGCUCUUCGAAAACAGCUGGAAAAGACAUUGCUGGAGAUACCACCUCCAAAACCGCCUGCUCCCUUGCUUCACUUUCUGCCUAGUGCAGCCAAUAGCGAGUUCAUCUACAUGGUAGGCUUGGAAGAAGUCGUCCAGAGUGUCAUUGACAGCCAAGGCAAAAACUGUGCCUCACUUCUGAGGGUCGAACCCUUUGUAUGUGCCCAGUGCCGUACAGAUUUCACCCCUCACUGGAAGCAAGAAAAGAAUGGUAAGAUCCUCUGUGAGCAGUGUAUGACUUCAAACCAGAAAAAGGCUCUAAAAGCUGAACACACCAACCGACUGAAAAAUGCUUUUGUUAAAGCUCUACAGCAAGAACAGGAAAUUGAACAGCGAUUACAGCAGCAGGCAGCACUCUCCCCUACUACAGCUCCAGCUGUAUCCAGUGUCAGUAAACAGGAGACCAUCAUGAGACAUCAUACACUUCGGCAGGCUCCACAGCCCCAGAGCAGCCUCCAGCGUGGUAUACCCACAUCUGCCCGAUCCAUGCUUUCAAAUUUUGCACAGGCACCCCAGUUGUCUGUGCCAGGUGGCCUCCUUGGUAUGCCAGGUGUCAACAUUGCAUAUUUGAACACUGGCAUCGGAGGACAUAAAGCCCCCAGUUUGGCAGACCGGCAGCGUGAAUACCUUUUAGACAUGAUCCCUCCCCGGUCUAUAUCUCAGUCCAUCAGUGGACAGAAAUAACGCCUGUUCCACUUGUACUGCCCAUCCGUGAAUCCUUUACCCAUUUCUCCUAUUGCCCCCCAACUUCCGUCGCAUGCAGUGCCUGUACUGGUGCCUACCAUACACGGAAAGCAAAACCGAAAAAACAGAAGACAAAAAUAGACAUCAACAAGAAAACACACAUCCCGCCCUGCCACCUCCCCUUUAUUUCACACUGCUGCGAUCUCUCCUCCUGCUGCUCUGUCUUCUCUCUGCGAUUUCCUUUAAUGGUGAGGUGGAUCUUUACCUCUGAUAGAGGUCUGAAUGAGGUCCUGGGGAGAGUCUAAGCCCGUUGAUGUGUGUUUCUAAGGUUUGUUUAUGCUAUAAUUAUUAUUAUCAUUUUUAAUUAUAUUGUGUGUCUUCCCUUUGUUCUGUGGACGGUUAACACCCCCAUCUUCUGUUUUCUUUCCUUCCCUACCUCCAUUCUGCUAAUGCUCCCUCUUAAGAAAAAUACAGAUGAUAUACAGUUCAGUGAUCACAUGCAGAGUGCAGUGGAUCCUCGGCUGCCCAGUAGGACAUAACUGAGUGUUAGGGACACUUAACCUGGGACUGGCAUCCCAGCUGUGUUGGUCAGGAUCUGGACAGUUUGAGAGGCUCUUUAAGAAUAAGGAAAAGAACUUGAAGGGAGAAGCUUAAAACAAAAACUACCUGUAGGGAUUGGGGGAAGAGCUGUGACAUAAAUUUAAUAGUGUCCCAAAGAGGACUGCGACCAGACCCUGGCCUUUCGUUGCUGAGGGAAUAAGAUGAUCUUCUGACCCCAGUGAGGAUACAGAAGUCUGUUCCAGGCCAACCAUCCCAAGAUAAUUCAUUUUAUUUUCUUUGUAAAAAUUGUCUCCCAUCACAUCUUCAUUUCCUCUUAACAAAUGUUAAUCUUCCUUCUAACUGUAGUCCCAGGAGUGACUGCUUCCAGCUGCAGGUGGCUGGCUGUCCUAGAAGUUGGAAUAGGUGUAAGUGAAUCACGUGACAGAAGGAGAGGUUUCUCCCAGCAGUCAAAAUCCUUGCAUUUUUCUAUCCCUUUGCCUUCUUGAAUGCUGAGAGAUAUGGGUGUAGCCCCUAAUCAGGUUGGUGUCCUAUUCCACUUUUGCUAUGCUGACUAUAGAUCCAACUCCUCCGAGCCAAGCAACUUUUGUCAAACCAGCUUUGGACCUCAACUAUACAAGUAUUGUCUUCCCCAAGCUCCUUUCCCCAAAAUUUUAAUAAUUUUGCUGUUUUUUUUAUUAUUAUUUUUUCUUAGGCGCUACUAAUGUAGAUAAUGAAUUGAAUUGUGCAAUGUUGCUGUUCUGGGGUUAGGGAGGUUAGCAUCCUGUUUGCCCACACUGUGGCAAGGAGGUGGGGACCAAGCUGUUGUGAGGUAAGGGAAGCCUGAAAAUGAAGGGUUUCUGUUUUCCUCAGAGUGUGUGUGCACCUGCCUCUGCAGCUCUAGAUGCCGUCAGAGUGGACUGGGGACACUCUGAGCAGAUGGAUGAGGAGUUGUCUGAUAUUUUGCCCUUGAUAGCCACCUGAGGAAAUCCCCUCAUUUUUAUUUUUAAAAACUAAAUAAUUUUUUUAAAGUAAGAAGGCACUUUUAAAAUUAUUCACACACAAACUGCACACCUUUCCCAUAAAAUUUGGGGGUAGGGUGGAAAAGGAAGCUGAAAUCAAGCUCAGUUCCCCUACUCUGGUCUCUUUUCACAAUACUCCAGUGCCACUGUGGGUGAUUAUACUGGCCCUACGGGCCUUCCUGGCUUUUCCUUUCCUUCAAAUUCAUUGAGCACUUAAUGAAGGAGCAGAGAUACGGCUGUGUCGGCUCCCCAGUGGGGAAGUGACCUGGAAGCUGGAUGCUAGUAACAAGUAGUUUGAGCAGGUCAUUUCAAGUAUUUUUCUGGGGAAUGUGGUGCCCCUGACUGUAAGUGGUGGGGAGGGAGGGGGGCUAAUGGAGCUGGGUCUGGGAUUAUUUUAAAAUUAUAUACAUAUAUAUAUAUAUAAAGAUAUAUUCUUACAUCUUUUCUUUGCCCUCUGUGCUUUGAAAGCACUGGAUAAAUUGACUUUGUUUUUCUCUUCCACAAAAUGGGAAGGUUUUUUUUUCUCCACUUUUUAAAUGUUUUUCUUACCAGUCAUCUUGCCUUGUGGCAUGUCUGUCUAACCUCUCCCUACCCCGUGAUGAAGUGCCAUUUCUGUUAAGUCUCCCUGACCCCCAGCUCAGAGGUGCUCAUAGGUACAAGGUGCCCAAGUUUGUCAGUUGAGAUUAAAAGGAACAGAGAAUGUGCAAUACUGUCCAGCUGGGGCCUGUCCCUGCCCUGAGCUAGGCUCUCCCUGAGAGCCAGGCCACUUUGAAUAGGGUUUGGAAAUAAAAUUAUAGAAAUGGGGAAUGGUGGGGAAGGAAAGCCCUUAUAAUACAGUGCCUAUUUAGGUGCUGAGGCCAUAGGGGAGAGGGUAGAAUCUUCCCUGUUUUUAUCCCUUCAGGGUCAAUUACAUAGAAGCUGCUUAUUAACUAGUAUAGCUCUGCGGCCCUUUGCUCAGUUGCUGAGGUUUGAUUUCUCCUCUUUCUCCCCAUCUUCAUGUCCUUCCCAGGAACUAGUAAGAGGGGUGAGAUCUUUCUUAAUCAUGGUAAAGUGUUAGCCUUCCGUCUCCUCCCUUAAUCCUUCCCUCCUCCCCUUUCUUAAGCUUCUACGUUUCACAGAGUUGAUUGCCUUGUGUCCUUCCAAGCCUUUUUUUUUUUUAAACUCUCACCCUCAGGCCAUGGGCCUUUAGAUACUAACCCUCAUGCCCCUGAGUUCAGCUGUCCUUUACCAUUGGACUUUGGCUCUCUCAGGUAUCAGCAGAGUGAGGACCCAACCAGCACACUCUGGCUUCCCUAGACCCUGAGGCACUAAAAGCCAUCCUCAGCACCGCGUCUGACUCUGUAGAAACCUGAAAAGGGUGGAUUAGUGGUGAGGCUGGGGUAAAAUUAGGAGACAGGUCCUUAUUUGUCAGUUUGUCACUGACCAUAGCAUCUGAACUCCCCCAUCGCUGAAUAAGUAUUUUUCCUGCAUUUUGGGAUAUAUGUAUGGUAGACAUUUCUUUUUAAAGACACCAAGAUAAAUGUUUUCCUGCCUUGGUUACCUUUCCUUGCCCCUUUAAAAGGAAUUAGCUAUAGAACUGCUUUGUAAAGAUGCUUCUUGAUAUUUUACUUUUGUUCCUUUCCCUAAGCCAUUUCCAUUCUUCCCUUUUUUCUAGAAGACAUAACCCUUCUCUCCGCAGCCCCUUCCCCGACUCAUCCUAGGUUCCCUUCCUUUUCAUCAAGAUCUUCAUUAGCUUAUGAUAUUUGCUGCCGAGAUGUUAUAACAAGGACUCAUUCGUGUAUAUAAGCUAUUUCUUGAUCCAUUUAAAAGGAAUUGUACAUUGUGUAGAAAAAAAAACUGAAAAAGAAAAAAAAAGCCCUAGCCAUGGAUAUUGUGAAACUGUGUUAUGUCAUUUUGUAAUGUGCCCGUUUGUGUAUGAUCCGUGCAAAAGGGUUUCUGGGGAAGGGGAGGGUGUAGGGAGACAGGGCUGAGGAGGGUGGGGAGAGGAGUGGGCCGGGCCCAGCACACUGAGACUGGCAGCUGCUCCAACCCCAUCCCUCCUUAAAAGAUGCCACCUCCCCCACCACCCACCCCUAAUUUGUGCCUUGCCCUCCCCACCCUGGAGUAAUCCCUCCAGGUCACCAGCACUGCCUUGGCAGAGCCCACUCCCUACCCUAACCUGCCCACUCUUCCUACCCCCAGCAUUAGGUUGAUACUGUGGGGAAGUGCUGGAGGUUGGGAGGUAGCCGAGGAAUGGGGCAGUUCCUGGGGGCAUCGAAACCAAGUAUUAUUAUGAAUUGUAAUUGUAUUUGCACUGUUUUCCCCCCUCUGAUUGCAUCAGCAUAUAUACAAUAUACCUAUAUAACAAAAUCCAGUGUCAAAGCUUUCUUAUGCAAGGGAUUUCCCCCAACCUUCAGAAAAAGAACCUCAUGGACCUCUGAAAGGGUGGAUUGUCAGGAGAUAGUAGGAAGGAAGGGUUUUAGGCAUCCUAAGAAAGUUACCUACACCAUUCCAGGCUGUGUGCAUUGAGGUGAGGCUUGCUCCUGUGAAUUACAGGGCUCCAGGGCCAGGAUUGUAGAAAAUGAGAAUCCAAGACACAUGGAGGCACGGUGUGGAUGCCUGGGACCUAUAGACUUGCUGUGUGAUCUUUAGUGGAGCUCAGUGCCUUCAGCCUGUGAAGUGAGGGAGGAAACCACUGGCCUCCACACUUAAGAUCCCACAGUUCUUUUCCCACCU